UCUGAGGCCAUGUUCUUGUCAUCUGUAAGAGCAUAAUGAGUGUGUUCUCGCUCGUCCAGGCUUCCUGCACGACCCUGGUAAGUAGCCGAACACCAUUAUCCAUCUUCAAUAUUUAAAGUGGCUGGAAGGAGGGUGGUGUGUGAGUGUGAGUGUGUAGACCAGGUGAGGGUGUGUAUUUGAAAUGACUUGCCUCAGGAUAGUCAAGGUCAGAGGGAUGAAAUAUGGCAGCAGAGAAAAAAAAACAAGCCCUCUGAAGAAUUACCUUUGCAUGAGGCCGUACUUGACAUAAUACCUGGACGUACAGGAUGUGGACAUUACUUGGUGGACAGCCAGAGGGCUCUGGUUAAAGAGAAGAAGACAGCACAUUUCCUCUGUGCUACAUAUUUAAUAAGGCUAAGUAUGUAGGGAAUUACUCUCCCUUUCACAAUGACCCUUCAUCCCGUGCAGCAGUCGUGCGUUCAUUUUGCACAUUCCUCUUCACGCUUUAUCAGAAACGUACACAUUUUAAUGCAAGUCAUAUGCCCGACAUUUUUGUUUUGGUUCUUUUAGCUUUGACAUGCGUGCUUCACAUUUCAGCAGAUGUCUGGAUUCAGCUGCCACUCUCUUCCUGACAUGUUUUGUUGUCAUGCUCUGAAGAAGGGCUACACCUGGAAGUACUAUGCAGUAAAUGUUAGAUGGCAGCUCAGUGAAAUGAAUCCUCAAACAUGCACGGAGUAUUUUGUUGUACAGGUUGGGUUUUCCACUGCACAGACAUAGCCACAGGGUUGGUUGGUGUACUGUGCAGCUCCUGUGAGGUAACCUGACUUGCUGCAUCCACGACAUUCUAUCCCUGUACGCUGUAAGUACUCUCACACAUUUUACUUAUAUUGUCUAAUUCAGCAGGGUGUAAAAUAUCACGGUGUGGUAAGGUGACACAAACAAACAAUCGACUUCUGCUGCUAUCACCUCAUGUCACCUUACAAAUUAUUAGCAGCCCUUAGACAAAUACAUUCUGUCUGAAAGUAUUUCCUUUGUGUUUUUUAUAGAGAGCAAUUUGUAUUUUGACCACAUCUUAAAGCUAACCUGUUGCAAAACCGAUGGUUCUCACGAUGGGAUCUGCAUACCACUGGUGCUGCUUUGAGUUCCUCUAUGCAGGGGAAUUUCUGUUUUGUCAUUUGUCUAUUUGAUACAUAUAUUUAAUUCUAUCCUAUUAGGUAUACAUGAUCUUUCUUAUGAACUGUACUUAACUGAACAGUACUGCAAACCAGAGUAAAAGUAUGCUAAGGACACCCUGGAGAAAAUGAAAAUGAAAGCUUUACUUAAACCAUGUCAUUUUGUCAAAUAGGACAAAACCAGAACUCGAGUUACAGAAAAAGUAAUUUCUACUGGGAGAAUGAGGGGACUGGACCACAGCUGGGAAUCCUGAAGGUAGAAUGGUAUAAAAAGAUUCAAAAAGAAAUAUGAAGAAAUGAGCAACACCUCAUUUAUAUAGGUGUGUGAAUAAAGCCAUUUAUUCACAUCCCAUAUAAAAUCUGUAAAGUAAUCGAAAGGUCUAUGUUUAUAUCCAUUAUAAGACAUUGAUCAAAGUAGAAUGGGCUGAGAUAUCCGAGGAGAGUAAGUCAACAUACAGGAGUUUAAAAGUCUGACUUGGAAAUGCCCUGUCACUUUAUGUAAUCUUUGUUUUCAUUGUUUCAAACUACUGAUUUAUCUUUUUUAAAUCUAUUUAUUGUUUUAAGUACUUUCUUUCUCGUCUGUACUUGAACACUCAGAUUGUACUUAAAAUGGGUCGCUUUGAUUUUACUCACAGGCGCACGCACGCACGCACGCGUGCACACACGAACGCGUGCAAUCCUUGUGUGUCAUUUUGGUUCCCUCUGGUGCCGCCGCUGCAGGGCGCAGCUCCGUUACUGCAGACAGAAACAGGAGAACAGAGAGGAGCAUCAUCUCAUCAUCUCUCCCCAUGUUCUGCAGUCUCUCUCUCUCUCUCUCUCUCUCUCUCUCCUUGUCUGACUGACUGGAUCCACAUCACAUCAUCUCAGAUCACACAGGGAGACUGACUUAUAGACUGACUGCCAGCAGGACAGUUGCUUUUCUCCAACACGGGAGCACAACAGCAUGUGAAUGGCAGCAGAAAGCGGCAGAGUUUUUACAGAGGAGCAGGAGGAGCUCCCAGCCUGCGGACCUGUCACACACACCCCGCACACUCACACCCGGAGUCAGAGCCACAUCCAGUUUCAGCCCAUGAGCUACACCUCUCAGUGGCAGCCAGUUGCUCACACAAGGAGUCACAGCCACACUCACUUCAACGCCGUCUCCCACACGCAGCCUCAGAAGUACGGCUGUCGCCUCACACACAGUCUCUCGGCCAUGACCAAGGGUGAAAGGGGUGUUCAGGUGUCGGUGGGGAAGAGCAACAAACCCACUGAUCCACUGUUCUCCAAACCUCCUCAGCAGACGGACUUGAGCCAGAAGUUGACGUUAUGUAGCAAGUUGUGUUUCGCCAUCGGCGGCGCUCCUAAGGAGGUGGCUGCCAGUGCCACUGCCUUCUUCCUGCAAAUCUACCUGCUAGAUGUCGCUCAGAUUACUGCUGUCCAGGCCUCCAUGUUGCUGUUCAUUGGCAAAGCGUGGGGCGCAUUCACCGACCCUGUAGUUGGUUUCUUCAUCACCAAGAGCACAUGGACCAAGAUUGGCAGACUAAUGCCUUGGAUGGUGGGUUGCACUCCUUUCCUGGUGGUCUCCUACUUCUACCUCUGGUUUGUUCCUCCUUUCGCCAGUGGCCGGUUCAUCUGGUACCUGGGCUUUUACUGCCUCUACCAAACCCUCAUCACAUGUUUCCACGUGCCUUAUUCCGCUCUCACCAUGUUCCUGAGUACAGACCAGAAAGAACGGGACUCGGCCACCGCCUAUCGAAUGACCAUGGAGAUGCUGGGAACACUGGUGGGAGCCGCCAUCCAGGGCCAGAUUGUGGCCAGCGCUCACACUCUGAAGCACUGUCCAACUCACAACACGUCCGCAGGUCACCUUGGCAACAGCAGCGGGGCUGAGCUGGUCCAAAGGCUGGUGCACUCCCAGGAAUACCUGUCACACGCUAAAGAGGUAUACAUGAUCGCUGCCGGUGUCAUUGGAGGAGUCUUCGUCAUCUGCACAGUAGUAAUGUUCAUUGGAGUCCGAGAGAGAGAAGAUCCAUACGGCCCCCGGACGGAGAAGCAGAUCCCCUUCUAUCAGGGCUUCCUCCUGGUGAUGAGACACGGGCCCUACCUAACUCUAACAGGGUCGUUCCUCUUCAUCUCCGUUGCCAUUCAGCUGCUGCAGGGCAACUUCGUCCUCUUCUGCAACUAUGCUGCCGACUUAAGGGACCACUUCCAGAAUAUUGUGCUGACCAUUCUGGUUUCUGCAGUAAUAAGCAUUCCACUGUGGCAAUGGUUCCUGCAGAGGUUUGGGAAGAAGACAGCAACUUUUUGUGGCGUCUCUUGGAUCAUGCCCUUCGCCUUGUUGCUGGUCUUUGUCCCUAAUGUGGUGGUGGGCUACGUUGUUGCUGUCUCCUCUGGACUGAGUGUGGCUGCAUCACUCCUGCUGCCAUGGUCUAUGCUCCCAGAUGUGGUGGACGACUUCAGACUGGCCAACCCGUACUCCAAAGGCCAUGAAGCCAUCUUCUACUCAUUAUAUGCCUUUUUCACCAAGUUUGCUACAGGCAUCUCCCAGGGAAUGUCCACUCUCUGUCUGGAGUUUGCAGGAUAUGACACCGGUGCUUGUAAGCAGCCCACUGCUGUAGUUUACACCCUGAAGCUUCUGAUUGGGGCAGCUCCAGUGGCCUUCAUUAUAACAGGACUAAUGAUCCUGGUCCUCUAUCCCAUCAGUGAAGACGUCAGACUUAGGAAUAAACUCUGCCUGGAGGAGCUGCGUAAACAAAGCAUCGGCUCCAGAACGAUGGAAGAUUUAAAUAAUGUGUGACUCAGCACCUGAUCGGAGGGAAUCUUAAAUUAAAUGCCACGUGUUCCAGUAACGUUGCUGGAAGUUUGUUAAUUAGUGUAUAUUACACUGGUAAAAAAAAAUAUAUAUAUAUAUAUAUUUUACGAUAAACAUUCUUUGUUUAAUUUUCACUUGUACUGGAUGGUUUUCUUGGAUACAUGUAUACAUAAGAUGAACUAAUUUAUAUAAAUGAAUGUGGAUCAUUGUUUGCUGUGUUUAUAGCUGCAACACUGCUAUUUAUUUAUGAUACAUAACAUUACAGAGUUAAAAAAAUAAAGGUCUUGUGG